CAGGCGCUUGCCCAAAGGAGUCUUUUUCUCGCCGUCUGCAUCGGGAGAAUGCCGAACUUACCACUCGAACUCAUUCUCAGAGUCGUUGAGGUGCUCUCAGAAGUCACGCCCGACACUGGGGCACAACACCCUCCUGUUGCCCUACAACGAGCGCACCCCAUCACCAAAACGCUCCUCAACCUCGCCACUGUCUCGCGAUCUGUCAACCCAACAGCCACAAGGCUCUUGUACGCGAAGUGCCUGUAUAUCGACACUCGUUCUCGUCUUGAGUCUCUCCUGAACGCUCUCGAUGCCGCCGACCCCGCUGUGGUGCAGCACGGGCAGAAAUCGUCAGAGGGCGUGGGCUGGGUCAAUAUCGACAAACGCCGCCUCCUGUCACUGUACUUGUCUCCCUUCAAGGAAAACAUCGAUGAUGGGCCUACAAUGUCCAAACUUGUCAGCCUGUUCCGUCACAUAGGCCCACUUCUAAAACGUUUGGUUAUAGACAUGCCCCUUCGGAGCCUGUAUCCCGAGGACGAUUCGCAAGGGGUUCGGAAACUUCUUCAUGACGCCUUUCUCUCUUUGGAGAGCUUAGAGGAGCUCACUAGUGCCCGCGACGAACUAUAUGUGUACGCCAAUUCCUUACGCCAUGGGCAGUCAGAAAGAGACCUUGUCUGGACUCGCUGGCCCCUGAAGCGAUUAGCGCUGUACAACGUGAACGCGGACGAAGGCUUUUGGCGAGCGGUGGCAUCUUUACCCGAACUCGAGACGGUAGUAUUAGCGCGGCCUGAUGGUCUGGACACGCUAGACGGUCCAAUCGAGUUCCCGUCGACACUCCGUUCCCCGCGCCGAAUUGUCCUCGCCGAUGCUUCGCUGCCACCGCGGCUGACAUCGCCAACAUGGAUCAACUCGGUUUUCGAUCGGGGCGGUGUGGUGUGCCAAACACACAUUGCUGCUAAACCUGCGGUUUCGAGCAACGAAAGCGACGGUAACGGCGACGACGGCGACGAGGACGACGUCAUUGGUCGUUCUCAAGAAUGGCUUAGGGAUCAAGCUAUCAGUGGAGGCCUGUGGACCAUUGGCGGACCCAUGAUCCGCCAGGACCUCGUCGGGGCGUGAUAGACAGCUUGAUUUGGCCCCAAGUAUCAGUGGUUUUGAGAAAAUGAGAGGAAGCGCGUUGAUGUGCUAUUGCACAUCUGCAAGGGUAGCUUGGAGAAGCAAGAUCAAUCCUUCCGUAUUCAUAAUCUCUUUCGCAUUCGAGUGUAAACUGUCUGGUUCGCCGGAUAGAAAUCAGCAUUUCGGGCUGGUAUAUACGAUGGAUAGGAAGAUCCAGAUGGACAA